AUGGCCAUCGUCCACGUCGUCCAGUUCCAAUUUAAACCUACCACCAGCCCAGACGUCAUCAAAGACACAUGUACCCGCAUGCUCAAUCUCAGGGAGAAUUGCAUUCACCCCACGACGCAGAAACCGUACAUCAAGGCUUCCGCUGGGGGUAAGGACAACUCGAUCGAGGGAUUGCAGAACGGAAUCACGCAUGUCUUUGUGGUUGAGUUCGAGAACGAGGCCGAUCGGGAGUACUAUGUGCGGACGGACCCGGCGCAUCAGGCGUUUGUGAAGAGUCUGGAUGGGGUGAUUGAGAAGGCGCAGGUGGUUGAUUUCAUGCCUGGUGUAUUCUGA